UAGCCAGCAGCUCGUUUAUCUACCGCACAGGUGUGUGUGUGUCUCUUUCUCUCCCUCUCUCUCUGUGUGUUGACUCGUCCUUUUUUGUGUCAAAUACCGAAAGCUCCAGAUGACAAACUAAACGCAGGAUGACUGGAAUAUUUCCUAAAAACUACGGGAACAACAAGAAGAAAGAAAAGCGGAGCUAAUGUCAACCAGCUGUAUGGUUAUCAUGUUGGCCCGAGCAGGACAGCACAGAAAUUUGACAGCUUAUUUUUAGUCUUUUAUUUCAUUUAACAGGCGCUCAGCUGUAGGCACCAUUGAAGCACCACUACAUUAUUAAGGCUUCAACAACCUGUGAUUGAUCCAGAUAAUCUACGGAGGGAAAAGUUCAACAACCUCCAGCCUCCUCUCCUCCUCUUCCCCCUCCAUCCUCAACUGUCACUCUACCUCUCCAUUCAUCGUCCCCCUCUCUUUGGAUCAUUUAUACGUCCACCUUCCUUCCUUUCCCCUCCACCUCCUCGUCUCCUUCUGACAUGGCCUCGGCCCAGUCGGAGCAGUCCAGCGUCCUGCAGGAGGAGCUCACCUGCCCGGUGUGUCUGGACUUGUACCGGGACCCCCACCUUCUUCCUUGCGGCCAUAACUUCUGUAAGACCUGUCUGGACCGGUUAAAGCGGCAGGCGGACCGAGGCCGCCUCCGCUGCCCGGAGUGCCGCGACAGCCACCGAUGCAGCACCAACUUUCAGAAAAACUUCAAACUCGCCAACAUCGCCGACGACUACCGUCACCGUCGUAGAGCCAGUACAGCGGCCGCUACUGCAGUAAAAUCCAGAGAGUUGUUGACGUCUUCUCUGCCGACGCAGCAAGCCAAGAGCAUGUGUGCCGUCCCGUGUGACUACUGCCCGUCAGUCGCUGCGGAGAAGGCGUCGUCGUCGAGCAAGUCAGUCGACGGGCCUUCUGUUUCUCAGGAAGUUGGCGACAAGCAGGAAGCCGCCGCUGCCUCGAUGUUCGCCGUCAAGACGUGCCUGAAGUGCGAGGUGUCAAUGUGCCAGGAGCACGUCAAACCACAUCUGGAACUGCCGGCGUUUCGUGAGCAUCCACUAACGGACCCUAUGAACGACUUCUGGAAGAGGAAGUGUCCAGAUCAUGAUGAGAUAUUCAGAUACUACUGCAUGGACGACAAGAUGUGUGUUUGCAACGCCUGCACUAUCGAAGGAGGACACUCGGGACACACAAUCAAGACCCUGAAAAACACCAUGAAAGAUCUGAAGGGAGCGCUGGAUAAGCAGCUGUAUCGGGUUGACAGGAAGUACAGCAUGGCAGAGAAGAAACUCCAGGAGCAGAAGGAGAAGGAGAGGCACAAUAAGAAGUUCAUGGACGACUCGGAGCAGUGCUUGAACAGGCUUGGCGAGGAGAUGAAGGCCAAAGUUCUCCGCUUCAUCACCCGGCUGAGAGAAUGCACGCGCACCCACUGUGACACCAACGGGCCGGCCAUUCAGAAGAACAUCUCCAAGAUCUGCCAGGACCAAGCCCGCCUGCAGGAAGUCCGUUGCGGCCUCGAGACCCUCAUGCAGGAAAACGACCCUUUCCGCUUCAUCGAGGCGUACAAGACAACAGGAAGACAGUGCCGCAGACAGCUGAGAAAAAACAUGUUCUACCCAGAAUACAUCGACAUGGAGACGGAGGUCCUCGGAGUUAUGAUGGAGGACGAAAUGAGAAAGUUCCUUGACGAGGAACUUCCGUGUCACAUCGUCGCUGCCAUUAACUCUCUGUGCCAUCUUUCAGAUCUAGAGGAGGAAGAGGAGCAGGACGACAACGAGGAAGAGGCUGCGGAGGAGGAGGAAGACGACGACGACGACCUGGACGACAGCAGCGAGGAAGAAAUGAGGAGCGAGGGAGAGGAGGAGGAAGACGAGGAGGAGGAGGAAGGACACGAACGGAGCGAGGUGGCCGACGACCUUUACAGCCCGGGGGAGGAUGAGGAGGAGGAAGAAGAAGAGGAAGAGGUUGAGGAGGAGGACGACGAUGAUGAUGAUGAUGACGACGAUGACGAUGAGGACGAUGAAGAGAGAGGGGUUUAAUGACAGGAUUUGUACGUUUCUUUUUUUUUUUUUAUACCAGUUUAAGCACUUUUUGGAUUUGACUGUGGGCGAAGGAACCCGUCUUCUUCUUCUUCUUCUUGAAUGUCUCAUGUACAGAACCGCUGCCACACUUUGCCUCAAACCCUCCGGUGACGAGACGGAGGAUGACGAUGACGAUGACGAGCCGCGGACGACACUAAAUUAAACUCGUGCACUGACAAUCCGCCCGUGUGACUCUCUCUCUCUCCACUAAAACCUACUUUACUUAAACUUUACUUAAACUUUACUUAAGGUGCUUUUACAUCGGAGGACUUUUGCUGUAAACACAUAACGUGAAUGUGAAUGUGCAAUUAAAGAAACAAUAUUUGACUGGAUGGAUUCAAACACUUAACGUAGAAAUCGGCAAACCCUCUUGUUUCUCUCUGAUUGCCUGAAUUUUUUUUUUUUUCUACAAAUUUACUACAAACAUUUUACAAAAUGUGAUGAAUUUGGUUGUAAAUUUUAGAUUUAAAACUACUAGAUUUAAUCUGGUUUGUUUCAAAAAACAAAAAAGUUCAGACGUAGUUUAAUUUAGUUUUCCAUUACCAUACAAAGCCUUUUUGACCAGUCUCCUUGUGAACAGGCCAUAUAUAUAUAUAAAAAUAUAAAUAUAUAAAUAUAAAUAUAUAUAUUUCCUGAAGGAGAUAAAAGUGAAUCAAACACACACACAUGGUUCAUAUUAAUCUACUUGAAUGAGUCCUGUGUUUUUAAGCUAGAGUCGAACACUGGAAGCCAAAGAGUGAGGAUGUGUGUGUGUGUGAUACUUUUUUUUUUUUUUUUUUUUUUGCUUUGAGAAGAAGUUUGUUUGCUCAGCAUG